CUCAGCAUUUCUUUUAUUUGAUUUGAAGGAAGUACUACUGAGUACCAAUCAAAAUUCAAAAGCAAGCAAAAGGACCAGAACCGUAUGUUUGUUUCAGGGUUCUUUCUUUGCUGCUUUGCCAUCGCCUGGGUCGGUUCUUCUGCACUGAUUCCCCCGACACAGAUAGAUAUGAAAUGCUUCGAGGCCACCCCCAAGGCUAUCAUCUUCGACAUCGACGGUACGCUCGCGGAUUCUUGGAAACUAGGAUUUGAUGCAACCCUCGUUGUCCUGGAAAACAACGACCUUCCUUUGAUCGACGAAGCCACGUACCACAAGUGCACCAAGUUUUCGACGCCCCAGCGUUUGGCACGCCACGCGGGUCUCGAACCAAUCCUACCGGCGAAUGACGAAGAGUCUCGGGCGAACAACUUGUUGUUCGAGCAAACGGGGGACAAAUUGGCCGCUGAAUUUGACAAUCUUUACGUCGGGCUUGUGACGGUCGAGACAGCCGGAUUGUUUCCGGGAAUUCCGGAGCUUCUGGAGAAGAUUCGUUCGUGUUCUUCGUCGGUGAAGGUCGGAUGCCUGACCAACGCUUGUGUCGCCUACGCACAUGCCGUUUUGAAGGCUAACGACUGUACCAGCCAGAGUGACGGCCUUUCAAAUAUGUGUGCAUCCGUUCACGGGGCCGAUACAGUGGCUGCACCCAAGCCAGAACCUGAUGGCCUUUACAAAGUGUGCGAAGAGCUGGGCAUUGGCGUGUCCGAUUCGGUUUAUAUCGGGGACAGCCCGAGCGAUGCUCUGGCAGCCGAUGCUGCGGGUAUGGCCUCGAUUGGAGUUACCUGGGGAAGUCAUUCGGAGGAGUCUCUUCGGAAAGCACCCUUCACAUUUUAUGCAUCAACACCCGAAGAACUUUGUGGGUUACUCAAACUAUCCUGAAAAUGAACAAAAGGCUCGCAAUUGU